GCUGAGUUGUGACUGGUCAUUUUUAUGCAAUGAAAUGUAGAAGUGUGAAUUUGCUCAUACAGUCAAUCUUGGAAGGACCUCUGUAAUCUAUUUGACAGUGUCUCAUUGGCCAUGAGAAUUGAAUCUCUGUGUUAAAGGACCCUCUGCGUGAUCAUUUGAGCAGCCAUCAUGACAGAGUUCUGGUUGAUCUCGGCUCCUGGAGAGAGGAACUGCCAGCAGACAUGGGACAAGAUGAACACGGCCAUAGCUCGGACCAACCUGUCCACUAACCACAAUUUCAGCAUACCUGAACUGAGGGUGGGGACUCUGGAUGUCAGAUGAGCUUGCCAAACUGGACUCUUUCGUAGAGAGCGUAGUGAGGAAAGGGGCCCAGUACAUGGCUGAUGUGUUAGAAGACAAUCGAGAUAAAGUUCAGGAGAAUCUUUUCACCAAUGGAGUGGGAUAUGGCCAAGUAUCCAAUCAAACAGUCCCUUAAGAACAUCUCAGAGAUCAUGUCCAAGCUAGUGAGUCAGAUUGACAGUGAUCUCAAAGCCAGAUCUUCAGCUUAUAACAGCCUAAAAGGGAAGGUUCUGGAAACUGAGUCUGGAGAGAAACAGAGUCUGGAGAGAAAGAAUUUGACUAGUUAUCCUGACUGGCAGAAGACACAUGAAACUCUUUCUGAAAGGGUUAUUCCAAGAUCCACAAAGCUUUUAUUUGAAGACCAAGACAGCGGGUUGUUAAGUGUGACACUCUUCAGGAAGGCUGUCGAUGACUUUAAACACAAAGCAAGAGAAAACAAGUUCACGGUCCGUGGUUUUCAGUACAAUGAAGAGGAGAUGAAAGCAGACAAAGAGGAGAUGACUCGCCUCUCCACCGACAAGAAAAAGCAAUUUGUAUGGGCUGCCAGUCAGUUUCCAGGCCAUGCUGCUUCAGCCAAACAAGAAGAAUGUAAAGAAACUGAGGGAAGGUCUGCAGGAUCUUUACAAACUCUUGGACAGCAGUGCAACUGUUAUUGAUGCAUCUAUGGACAUCCCAGGUCUGAAUCUCAGCCAGCAAGAGUACUAUCCGUAUGUUUACUAGAAGAUCGACUGCAACCUCCUUGACUUCAAAUAGAAUUCAAAUUCAGAUGCACCAUUCCAUCCUGCAUCACAGAGACUGAACCCAAUAAUUUAUUAAACACUUACUGUUUGUCUUUUACCUUCCUCUCACUGCCUCAUUGCUUUAUAUCACUAUUUCAGAUAAGAGGUCUCAGAAUCUCACCA